AUGGAGGAUGAUGCAGUUGCGUUUGUGCAAAGCUGCAACGAAUGUCAAAUUCAUGGAAACCUUGUUCAUGCACCUUCCACUCCUUUACACUCGAUAAGCAGUCCAUGGCCAUUUUAUAGCUGGGGAAUCGACAUUAUUGGGAUAAUCAAUUCGCCGUCAUCAAAGCAACACGAGUAUAUCAUAACUGCGACAAAAUAUUUUACCAAAUGGGUUGAAGUCAUUCCUCUACGAGGGACUACAGGAGCAACGAUUGCGGCUUUCAAUAAAGAGCACAUCAUUUGUCGGUUUGGCGUACCUAAGCAUAUUAUCACCGAUAACGGCACUCCCUUCGCCAACAAACAAGCACGAUAUUUGCUUGAGGGAUAUGGAAUUAAACAGGUCUUCUCCACCAUUUAUUACCCUCAUGGAAACAGACAAGCUGAGAGCACCAACAAAACACUAAUUCGGAUCCUCAGUCGAACAAUGCAUGACAAUCCCAGAGAAUGGAACGAACAGCUUCCGAUGGCACUAUGGGCAUAUCAGACAGCACCUAAAAGCUCUAUUGGAGUUUCUCCAUAUUCACUUGUUUACGGUGAAGACGCGAUCCUCCCAGCAAAAAUCAAGAUCCCGUCAGCCAUGAUUACAGCAGCAAGUGGGGUCCACUGGAACGAAGCCGAAGCAUCAAACUCCAGAAUCGCCGAGUUAGACACUUUAGAUUCCAGAAGAGGUAAAGCAGAGGAUCGUACUCAGGUGUACAAAAAUAGGAUCUCCAGGGCAUACGAAAUAAAAGUAACGGAAGCAAAAUAA